AUUUGACCUCUCCAUUUCAUCCAUCCUAAUCAUUUUAGGAGCAGUGUCUGCUGUAAAGUGUCUCGCUCAAGGACGCUUCGACAUGCGGACAGGAGGAGCCGGGGAUCGAACCGCCAACCAUGUGUUAACCCGCCUUACCCCUGAGCCACAGCCGCCCCUGCAUGGUGAAGAUGCCGGCUAAUGGGAACCGUCCCUUGAAGUUGCAGUUUGGUCUAAUCAACCACGAGGGUCGCUACCUCACUGCUGAGGCCUUUGGCUUCAAGUUGAAUGCGUCAGCACCCAGCCUGAAGAAGAAGCAGAUAUGGACUCUGGAGCAGGACUCCCAGGACACCCAGAUGGUCUACUUGCGCAGCCACCUGGGACGCUACCUGGCCUCCGACAAGGACGGCAAAGUCACCUGUGAGGCUGACGGGCAAAACUCAGACUGCCGCUUCCUCAUCGUGGCUCAAUCGGAUGGUCGCUGGGCCCUGCAGUCCGAGCAGCACCUCCGCUUCUUCGGCGGCUCUCGGGACUACCUGUCCUGCUUUGCCCAGCUGAUAACAGACGCCGAGCUGUGGGCGGUGCACCUGGCUCUGCAUCCGCAAGCCAACCUGCUGUCUGUGGCCCGCAAGCGUUAUGCCCACCUCUCUAUGGAGGAUGGGGAAAUCGCCGUGGAUAUGAACAUCCCCUGGGGUGUGGCAGCGCUCCUGACACUCGUCUACCUGGACGGGAAGUACUGCCUCAAAACCUGCGACAGCCGCUUCCUCAGCAACGACGGGAAGCUCUUGACGGAGAGCGGGAGGGCCACGGCGUACACGCUGGAGCUGAAGUGUGGGAAGCUGGCCUUUAAAGACUGCGAGGGGAAGUAUUUGUCUCCCAUGGGGCCUACGGGCACCCUGAGGUCUGGACGGUGCUCCAAGCCGGGCAAAGAUGAACUGUUUGACCUAGAGGAGAGCCACCCACAGGUGGUUCUGACGGCUGCCAAUGGGCGAUACGUCUCCAUAAGACAAGGAGUAAGCCUCGCAGCCAAUCAGGAAGACGAGACAGACAUGGAGACGUUUCAGAUGGAGAUCGACAAGGAAACCAGGAAGUGCACGUUCCGCACCAGCCAGGGGAACUACUGGGAUCUGGUGGCCCACGGAGGCAUCCAAAUCACUGCCACUGAAGUGACAGCAAACUCCAUGUUUUCAGUGGAGUGGCUUGGCCACAAGGUGGCACUCAAGGCUAACAAUGGAAAAUACAUCUGCACCAAGAAGAACGGCCAGCUGCUGGCUGUCAGUGAUUCCAUAGGCGAGGACGAGCAGCUCACUUUGAAGCUGAUCAACCGACCCAUGCUGAUCCUGAGAGGAGAGAACGGAUUCAUCUGCCACCACAAGAACUCCAACACGCUGGACGGCAGCAGAUCCGUCUACGACAUUUUCACCCUGCAAUUCAGUAACGGGGCGUACAACAUUAAAGGCGUGGACGGCCGGUUCUGGUACGUGAACAGCGCUGGGCUGGUGUGCUCGGACGGCGAGGCCCCUGAGGAUUUCACUCUGGAGCUCCUGGAGCACGGUCGCCUCGCCAUCCGUGGCAAGAACCGCAAAUACCUGCGUGGAGACCAGGGGGGCACGCUGAAGGGAGACGGGUUCAGCCUGAGCAGCUCGGCCCUCUGGGAGUAUUAACACAAUCCAAUAUUAAUCCUAACUGUGACCCCUCUCGUCGUUGAGUUGAUCGGCUGAUAUUCACCAAUGAAGAGCCAGCAUCUGUGGUAUUUUGAGGUGGAAGACAGUUGCUCAUCAGAGACGAGUCACAGCCUGUACUGAUUUCACCCCACUGUUUUUCUCUUUCUUGAUACAAAGAGGUUGCAACAGAGAACUCACAACAGAUAAUGUUGAAAAUUGGUGAAAGUACAUGAAGAACUGAGCCAAGAAAAGACUUGAUGGACUGAACAAUGUUUUGAGUCAGUGCUUGAUGUCAAAACGGCAAAAAAUAGUGUGAAUGAACAUUAGAGUUUUUGUGUUGUUCCUUUCGAUUUUUUUUCAACGAGCAUCCGCUGCAAAAUCUAUUUAUUAUCUGAGGCUAAACUACAGAUUAAAAAAUCCUCCUGUA